UAGGUUUUAUGCCGUUUAUAACUACAUUACCCAUAAGGCAUAGAUGCAUACGUUUUCUUUUAUUUUCCGGAUGUAGCAUCACAUGAAUUGACUGUCAACAUGCAAGAUGGCCACGCAUCAUAGGCAAAAUGCUGCUGGGCGGAGAAAAGUACAGGUGUCCUAUGUGAUUAGAGAUGAGGUGGAGAAAUACAAUCGAAAUGGGGUGAACGCGCUCCAGCUAGACCCUGCGCUGAACCGGCUCUUCACGGCUGGCAGGGACUCUAUCAUCCGGAUAUGGAGCGUCUACCAGCACAAACAGGACCCAUACAUUGCCUCCAUGGAGCAUCACACAGACUGGGUUAAUGACAUAGUCCUCUGUUGUAACGGGAAAACAUUGAUAUCUGCCUCCUCCGAUACAACCGUCAAAGUGUGGAAUGCACAUAAAGGGUUCUGUAUGUCAACGUUACGGACACACAAGGACUAUGUCAAAGCUUUGGCCUAUGCUAAAGACAAGGAGCUGGUGGCAUCAGCAGGCCUGGAUCGGCAAAUCUUCCUUUGGGAUGUGAACACACUAACAGCACUCACUGCUUCCAACAACACUGUCACCACCUCAUCACUGAGUGGGAACAAGGACUCUAUCUAUAGUCUAGCUAUGAACCAGAUGGGCACAGUCAUUGUGUCAGGAUCCACAGAAAAGGUUCUGAGAGUAUGGGAUCCUCGCACAUGUGCAAAACUGAUGAAGCUAAAAGGUCACACAGACAAUGUCAAAUCGUUGCUGCUGAAUCGAGAUGGCACACAGUGCUUGUCGGGCAGCUCAGACGGGACUAUUCGCCUGUGGUCGCUCGGCCAGCAGAGGUGUAUUGCCACCUACCGCGUGCAUGAUGAGGGUGUGUGGGCUCUGCAGGUCAAUGAGGCCUUUACGCACGUCUAUUCUGGAGGCAGAGACAAAAAGAUCUACUGCACUGACCUACGCAACCCAGACAUCCGGGUGCUUAUCUGUGAGGAGAAGGCCCCCGUACUGAAAAUGGAACUUGACAGAUCUGCUGACCCACCUCCAGCAAUCUGGGUCUCCACCACCAAGUCAUCCGUUAAUAAAUGGUCUCUAAAGGGAAUGCACAACUUUAGAUCAUCAGGGGAGUAUGACAAUGACUGCAGUACCCCCCUGACGCCACUGUGUACUCAGCCAGAACAAGUUAUCAAGGGAGGUGCCAGUAUUAUCCAGUGCCACAUACUGAAUGACAAGAGACACAUACUGACCAAAGAUACCAACAACAAUGUGGCUUUCUGGGAUGUCCUAAAGGCUUGCAAGGGUGAGGAUUUGGGAAAAGUGGAGUUCGAUGAAGAAAUUAAAAAGCGUUUCAAAAUGGUCUAUGUGCCAAAUUGGUUCUCUGUUGAUCUGAAAACUGGGAUGCUCACUAUCACUUUGGAUGAGAGUGACUGCUUCGCUGCAUGGGUGUCUGCCAAGGAUGCUGGGUUUUCAAGCUCUGAUGGCUCUGACCCAAAGUUGAACCUGGGCGGGCUGCUACUGCAGGCUUUGCUGGAGUUCUGGCCUAGGACUCGCAUCAACCCCAUGGACGAAGAAGAGAACGAAGUGAAUCAUGUGAAUGGAGAGCAGGAGAACAGGGUCCAGAAGGGAAAUGGAUAUUUCCAGGUGCCACCACACACUCCAGUCAUCUUUGGUGAAGCAGGAGGCCGUACUCUAUUCAGGUUGCUAUGUAGAGAUUCCGGUGGAGAGACAGAAUCCAUGCUGCUAAAUGAGACAGUCCCACAGUGGGUUAUCGAUAUAACUGUAGAUAAAAAUAUGCCCAAGUUCAACAAAAUCCCUUUCUACCUCCAGCCUCAUUCUUCCUCUGGUGCAAAAACCCUAAAAAAGGACCGUCUCUCAGCCAGUGACAUGCUCCAGGUGAGGAAGGUGAUGGAGCAUGUUUAUGAGAAGAUUAUCAACCUGGACAAUGAGUCUCAGACCACCAGCUCCUCAGCCAAUGAGAAGCCCGGUGAGCAGGAGAAGGAGGAGGAUAUGGCUAUGCUAGCCGAGGAGAAGAUUGAGCUAAUGUGUCAAGACCAGGUUCUAGAUCCAAACAUGGACCUGCGAACAGUUAAACAUUUUAUCUGGAAGAGCGGAGGGGACUUGACGCUUCACUAUAGGCAGAAGUCCACGUGAAAAAAUGUGAUUUUUAAAACAAGAACUCUUCGUCAUUUGCCAAUCACCUCCCACAUCUGACAUAUAGUACCUUCAACUCCAUUGUGUGGUCAAGAGUCGCAGUGUCAGCAAGAAUCCAGUAAAAAUUGUGAGGAUGUGGCUCAUGGUGUAUUACAGAGAACUGACCAGGCUGAAGCAGCCAAGAGACACCUGGUGAUAAGUGGUCAGUUUCUUUUUUGUUAGUGUUUUUUUUUUUUACAGUUAAAAGAACGGAUUCUGUUUCCUCAAGCACUCUCCGAUUCCUCUUUUUACAUCCAUGACUGCUGUUUAUUUCUUGCUUCCUGAUUGGCAUUUUAUUUUCAUGCGACUAAAAUUGCAGUAUGUGUUUGUGUGAGAAUGUGUGAGUUAGAGAGAGAGAGAGUGUUGUGAGUACACGCUAAUGGAUGUAAUAGACUAUUUGUUCUAGUACAUUCCAGAAACUGUCUUUGUUCUUACAAACACUGUCUCAGCUGUAUCACCGGUUCAGGGCUACACCUGGUCUCUGACGUCACUGUCCCUCAUAGCAGUCAUCUGUUCUGUUGUCAGCUUUGUCUAUUUUAACUUGAAUUCAGCCCUGACUUACACGUCUAAUUAUUGCAGAGCUUAAACCUCAUUGACAUAAGCAUGUGUCUUUUUUUUUUUUUUAAGCUGUGCUGUUCUUAAUAGACUGAAUGUUCCCAUUUUGUAAAUAUAUGUACAACAUUUUUUGAUUUAAGUGACUUUUUUUUCCUUCUGGUUUUGCAGCAGUUUUAUUUUGUUGUUGUACAGUUCACUUAAAAAAAAAGAAGUAAUAUUUCCAAAUCCAUCAAGCACAUUUGUGGUCACGAAGGCAUCGUGGACUUGGUUGGUCAGAAUUGUAUCUGUUGUAUUCAUUACAACCCAGAAAUUGCGGUUUACCCUUAAGAAUGUUAGUAGUUGUCCAAGUUGCAAUCUUAGCAAUUGAGAAAUAAUAUAUAAGGUAUAUAUCUUUAAUAAGUCAUGCUUACUCACGCUGUACUUGGCUCAUGAGCAGUGACUUUAACGAGGGCCAUUCUUUGUAUACAUAUUCAUUAAGAUUAAAUAGUUCAGUGAAUCAAAUAUAAAUUGAACGGAACGAUCAUUCAAUCACUUUGGGGGAUUUACAAAAGUGAAAAAAACAUUAAUAACCAUGUGUUCAUCCAACAGAAACAGUUUUCUUUUCUCUGUAACUUUUAUGGAGUUAAUUUUGCCAUCAGGAGUGUGUAAUGCCAUAGUGGGGAUGCAUCGAGUGUGCUCUAAUUGGCCAAAGGUAGAUGGGCCAUGACACUGCAAUAUCCCUUGUUGUAAUAAUUUGUGAAAUAUGUAUAUUUUAGGCAUUCAAAGAAAUAAAUUGGAAUGGUUUAACAAUGACACAUUAA